AAAUCACUUGUUUUCAGUGACUGUUACUUUUCUACGUAUAUAUUAAAACCACAUCUCGGAUAGCUCACUCUACAUGUAACACACUGUUCUCACUUUCAGUACAAUUACUCACAAGGGUCUAAUGGAACCAGCUCUUCUUAGUUGUACUACUAAUGCAGAUGCCAGCAAGGUCAUGGACGGGGGUUUCGAUGGAGACGAUGACAGUACUGUCAUCAAUUGGUUCGAAAGCGUGGCCGAAAAAGCUGGGGAAGUUCAGACGGAGACGCUGUGCCGGAUCCUCAGGCUCAACUAUGGGGUAGAGUAUCUGAAGAAAUGGUUAGGAGAUAUUGAUGUUGAAGAUCUGGAUGAUUGUGCUUUGGAGGCAUUGUAUACUUGUUUAGUGCCCCUGGCAAGCCAUGCAGAUUUGGAGAGCUAUAUCCACAGAAUUGCCGAUGGAGACAAAUCUCCUCUUCUUACUCAACAACCCAUCACUACUCUCUCCUUGAGCUCUGGAACCACAGAUGGACGUCAGAAAUACGUACCCUUUACUCGCCAUAGCUCCAGGACCACUCUCCAGAUUUUUAGGUUAGCCGCAGCAUAUAGAUCAAGGGUUUAUCCGAUAAAAGAAGGGGGGAGAAUUCUAGAGUUUAUAUACAGCAGCAAACAGAAGCAAACAGAGGGAGGCUUAAAAACCGGGACAGCCACAACUCAUUACUUCGCAAGUAAAGAGUUCAAAACUAAACAAGAGAAAACCAAGUGUUAUACAUGCAGCCCGGAAGCUGUGAUCUCGAGUGGAGAUUAUAAGCAAUCUACUUACUGUCACCUCCUCCUCGGCCUCUUCUACUCGAACCAAGUCGAAUUCAUUGCCUCCACAUUUUCAUACAGCAUAGUCCAGGCCUUCACCUCACUCGAAGAGCAUUGGCGAGAUUUGUGCAGUGACAUCAAACACGGUAGCCUCAAUUCAAGAAUCGUUACAAUUCCAAAAACACGAAAGGCUGUGUUGGAUAUCAUUUCCCCUAACCCUCGUCUAGCCUCUCGAAUUGAAACCAUUUGUGAGGAAUUAGAACGAGAAGGGUGGUAUGGCCUAAUUACGAAGCUAUGGCCGAAUGCAAAAUAUGUGUACUCUAUUAUGACAGGCUCAAUGCAAGCGUACCACAAGAAAUUACAGCAUUUCGCGAAAGAUUUGCCAUUGGUGAGUGCAGAUUAUGGAUCCACGGAGAGUUGGAUCGGGGUGAACAUCGAUCCCUCUGCUCCACCGGAGAAUGUGACAUUUGCAGUCAUUCCGACAUUCUCUUAUUAUGAAUUUAUACCGCUUCAUAGAUACAACCGAGAGUGUAGUUGCAAUACUUCAGCUACUGAUGAUAAUGGCUACAAAGAAGGUGAACCUGUACCUCUUUCGAGAGUCAAAGCUGGACAGCAAUAUGAGAUUGUGCUUACUACUUUUACAGGGCUUUAUAGGUACAGAUUAGGAGAUGUGGUGGAAGUGGCUGGUUUUCACAAGGGAACUCCAAAACUAAAUUUUGUAUGCAGGAGGAAGCUCAUCCUGGCAAUAAAUAUCGACAAAAAUACAGAAAAAGAUCUCCAAGUAGUGGUCGACAAGGGUGCACAAUUGCUGAUGAGGAAGGCCAAGGCCGAGCUAGUUGAUUUCACUAGCCACGCUAAUGUAGACACUCAACCUGGCCACUAUGUAAUUUACUGGGAAAUCAAAGGAGAUGUUGACAAAGGCGUGUUUGAAGAAUGCUGCAGAGAAAUGGAUGCAUCAUUUGUGGAUCCUGGCUAUAUUGUAUCAAGAAAAACCAGUUCGAUUGGACCUUUAGAGCUCUGUAUCUUGGAGAGGGGUACUUUUAUGAAAAUCUUGGAGUAUUUUAUAGGGAAUGGAGGAGCCCUGAGCCAAUUUAAGACUCCGAGGUGCACGAGUGAUCAAGGUUUACUUGCUAUACUUAAUGCAUGCACCAUUCAGAGGUUCUACAGUGCUGAGUAUGGCUCAGAAUAACUUGUAAUUGUUUACAAAUUGAAAGUUGAAACCGCUUAGCUUGCUAGCUUCCGGUGCAUGGUUAAUUUAUUGAGUUCGAUAGAUUGAAUUAAUUCAAUUUGUUUGA